UCGGAGGAUGCUAAAGGACUUGCCUCCUAUCCCAGAGAUGUUGAAGUGUUGGAAGCGGAGUUUGCACUCAGAUCAACUCUCCACGCCAGUAGUCGCUGGACAUGACGGGAGCACCAGUUCCCAUCCAAAUGGUGUAACCAUCAGAGAAAUCCUCCUGUCUGUUUUGAACUUGUCCUCAUCGAAACUACACUCAAGUCCUGGAAACAUGGUGUCACAAGCUACUGGACGGCAGGAGUCUCUUGUACAUUCUUGGAAGGGUAAUAGUAAUGAAUCUGGAGACACAGAGGAAGGACUCAGCCGGUCUAACACUGCUCUUCCUCUUGGCCAAGUCGAUAUCAGGUUCACGAGGCACAAGGCUGCCUGGAUUAACCCACAGUGUACCGAAGAGGGACAGCUUCAGUUGUCGGAUUUGUCCACCCCUGUGUCAGUAUGUGAAAACAACAAGGCCCAUUCAAUAACCAACCACAGACCCUUUUCUUUGGGAUGUUCACCUAUUCCCCCGGGUGACUCCCUCACAGAAACCCUGUUGCUGGGAGAUAGUAUUGAUACAAUGGGUAACUCCCUCACUUGUUCAGAAGAGAAGGAUAUGCCCUUGUCUGUGUCUUCAUCAGAACAGCAUGUUAUGCUCCCAGAGAGCCCGACUCCAUUAGCCAGUUUAACAAGGUCUAAGAUUCUGGCCCUUUCUCCAUUUCCUGUGGACGGCAGUACUUCCCACCAGCCCCUCAGGCUGAUGACCCCUACUGAAGAAGGUACCAUCCCAGCCAGCAGAAAAGUCCUUCCUCUGAAUAGCUUCUCACCAGAAACAUUGAUGCUUCCUGCCGAUGUAGAAAAGGAGAAUGCCCACUUUUAUGUUGCAGAUAUUAUCAUAUCUGCAAUGGAAACAAUGAAGUACAACCUCCUGAAUCAGCAGCAAGGAGAGAUCUGGGAAGGUUUGGAAAUGAGUGGCUCCCUUGGAAGUGAUCAAGGUGACUUUGAGAGGGGCUUUUAUAUACCUGGGAAGCAAAAUUCUUCAUCUGCUACUUCAUCUGACAGUGGCUAUGAAGGUUGUUCUGCAUUACAAGUAAACCCAGUAGCUGAAACAUCUAUUCAUCAAAACAGCCUGAAGGAGCUCUGUGAAUGUGACUCUGAUGAUUUUGUCAUUGUGGAACUUGAAGACUUUGAUAAAAUCAUGGAAACUUGUGGAUGUUUCCAGGACUUGAACAAAAGAUGCAUUGAUGAACCAGGCUUCAACACAGCUGAACUGAUAGCGAAGGACCUAUAUCGAGCUUUCUGCAGACACUAUAAGUUGGCACACCUGUCAGGCUCUCUCCAGGCAGAUGGGUCAAUGGCUGUAAAUGAAGACAGUCUUCGAAAAGAUUUUCAGUCCAGUUUGGAUGUAGUCGAGGAUAUAAAGUUUAAGUCCAGAAUUAGGGGGACUAAAGAAUGGGCUCCACCUAGAUUUGAAAUAAUAUUUAAUAUUCAUCCACCACUCAAGAGGGAUUUUGUGGUCUCUGCCCAAAACUUUGCCUGCGCUGGCUGUGGAACACCAAUAGAACAGAAGUAUAUUAAGAGACUCCGCUAUUGUGAUUACCUGGGGAAGUAUUUCUGUGACUGCUGCCACAGUUACGCAGAGUCGUACAUCCCCGCCCGGAUCCUCAUGAAGUGGGACUUCUGCAAAUACCCUGUCAGCAAAUUUUCCAAGCACCUCUUGGACAGCAUAUGGCAUCAACCCUUGUUCAAUUUGUUGUACAUCAGCCAAAACCUCUAUACCAAAGCCAAGGAAUUGGAUCGAGUCAGGGAAAUCCAAGAGAAGCUUGUUCAGAUUAAGAAGCUAUUAAAGACCUGCAGAUUUGCUGAAAGGAUAUUAAAAGAUUUUGAGCAGGUUCCAGGACACUUGACAAAUGAACUCCACCUGUUCUCUUUGGAUGACCUCGUCAAGAUCAAAAAGGGACAAUUGGCUCCUGUUCUAAGAGUACUUUUGAAAGCCUCCCUUGUUCAUGUGGACAGCUGUGAACUUUGUCAAGGAAAAGGGUUCAUUUGUGAAUUUUGUCAGAGCACAGCUGUCAUCUUCCCAUUCCAGACGACAAUAUGCAAAAAAUGCCCAGCAUGCAAAUCCUGCUUUCAUAAACAAUGCUUCAGAUUGGAAGACUGCCCCAAGUGCUUGAGGAUCCAAGCUCGAAGGAAGCUUUUGCAGAGUUUUCCCUCUGUGACAACUUGAAAUCAAAAGUAUUGUCAGGAUGAUGGCAACUCCCCACAUAUAUUAGGGAAGCUAUUGGGCUUGCCUACCACUGGUAAUGUUGUUUUAGACAUUGUAUGUUGUACAUAAAGAAAUGAACUUGCUAAGCACUGUAUUCCUUUGUAUGUAUUUAAUUUUUAAAAAAACGAUACAGAUACUUGGCUAUCCAAGACGGGGCUUUGUUACUACUUGGUUUAAAAAAUUAAUGUUUGGAAGAAUUUCAGAUGGUAUUGACUUUUUUGCUGCUAAAAGGUUUUUAGAGUGUUUUGAUACUUCUUAAAUUGUAUUUGGACAAUUCUAGUUUUGCUGUUUAUACAAAGUACAGUUUCAAAAUGAUUGGGUCUAUUUUUUUUUAAAGCAAGUUUUAAGUGUUGGGAUAAAUUGCUGAGUUUCUCUUCCUUAAAAACUUGAUUAUGUGGAACUGACUAAAUACUGUACUUUCAUUAAAGUAAAUGCAACAUUA